UGGCAGCAGUGUUAUGAAAGCGCCGGGUUUUGUGUAACUGUGCUGAAGUCAGUGUGUGUUGAUCAGACCUGCAGCAGUGAUCAGAUCUUCAUACAAUCUGAGAUGAUUUUCUCACUCGGACUUACUUAAAUCUCACUCUUCUGUUUUAAUAACACCUCAGAAGAGUUCUUGAUCAUCAUGGUGGUAAACUCCAUCCACUGGUUUCGGAAGGGACUGCGUCUCCAUGACAACCCUGCCCUUCUGGAGGCGGUGAAGGGUGCCGAUACACUGCGCUGUGUCUACUUUCUUGACCCCUGGUUCGCCGGAGCCUCCAACCUCGGGGUCAACAGGUGGAGGUUUCUCCUGCAGUCUUUAGAGGAUCUGGACUCUCGUCUUCGUGAACUCAACUCGUGUCUGUUUGUGAUCCGUGGUCAACCUGCCAACAUCUUCCCUCGACUCUUCAAGGAAUGGAAGGUCAAUCGACUGACGUUCGAGUGCGACUCGGAGCCGUUCGGUAAGGAGCGAGACGCUGCGAUAAAGAAACUGGCAUCUGAAGCCGGAGUGGAGGUCGUUGUGAAGAUCUCGCACACGCUUUAUGAUCUGGACAGGAUUAUAACACUGAACGGCGGUCAGCCUCCUCUCACAUACAAACACUUCCAGACGCUGGUGAGCAGCAAUAUGGAGCCACCAGAACCUCCAGCAGAACCUCUGAGUAAAGAUCUCAUGAGGAACUGUGUCACACCUGUCAAUGAAAACCAUCGAGAGAAAUACAGCGUACCACAACUGGAAGAACUGGGGUUCGACACUGAAGGUUUGGCUCCUGCUGUUUGGCCCGGAGGAGAAUCAGAGGCAUUGAAGCGCAUGGAGAGACACCUCGGACCUGACGCCGCUGCUGCAUGGCAGGAGAACUUCGAGCGACCCAAGAUGAACUCCAGUCCUUUAUUGGCGAGUCCUCUUGGAUUGAGUCCGUAUCUGCGUUUCGGCUGUCUGUCGUGUCGUCUCUAUUACUAUAAACUCACGGAGCUCUAUAAGAAGGUCAAGAAGAAUGACAAACCGUCCAUCUCGCUCUAUGAUAAGAUCCUAUGGAGGGAGUUUUUCUACACGGCGGCCACGAAUAAUCCUCGAUUCGACCGGAUGGAGGGAAAUCCCAUCUGCAUUCGGAUCCCUUGGGACAAGAACGCGGAGGCGCUGGCCAAAUGGGCGGAAGCUAAGACGGGUUUCCCCUGGAUCGACGCCAUCAUGACCCAGCUGCGCGAGGAGGGUUGGAUCCAUCACCUGGCGCGUCACGCCGUGGCCUGUUUCCUGACCCGUGGAGAUCUGUGGAUCAGCUGGGAGGAGGGCAUGAAGGUGUUCGAGGAGCUCUUACUGGACGCAGACUGGAGCGUGAACGCUGGCAGCUGGCUCUGUCACUCCUGCAGCUCUUUCUUUCAACAGUUCUUUCACUGUUACUGUCCCGUGGGCUUCGGACGAAGAAUCGACCCUAACGGUGACUUCAUCAGACGUUACUUACCUGCCCUCCGAGAUUUUCCAGCCAAGUUCAUCUACGAUCCCUGGAACGCGCCGGAAGACGUGCAGAUCGCCGCCAAGUGCGUGAUCGGGGUGGAUUAUCCCAAACCUAUGGUGAACCACGCGGAGGCCAGUCGACUGAACAUCGAGAGGAUGAGACAGAUCUACCAACAGCUCUCCAGAUACAGAGGACUCAGUCUCCUUGCCACCGUGCCAUCCAAUAACAUGGAGGAGGCGAGCGUGAAUGAAGGCAGAGGAGUCGUGGCGUCUCCUGCGCCCCAGAGGAGCGUGCCAUCUUACCGGGUCAGAAGAGAGCAGCGCGACGUUCGCGAGCAGCCCAGUACCAGCGGUGUGAAACACAGGAGACACCGACACGCUCUCAGCCACCGUACGUCGCCCUAUGUUACUCAGAGUGAUUUGACAGGCCACACCCACCAGUUUGCGGUCCCACAUCAACCAGGACCUUUGCCUGUUGGGGGCGGGACAGGGAAGAGAGAAAGGGAGGCGGAGCAUGACAGUCGUAGGAGUGACAAUGGCCCCUCCUCCUCAUCCCACUGCUGAAUAUGUAUAAUGUAUGAUAAACGUUCCUCUUGUGUUACUGUGCGUUCACACUAGAUGCGUAUGAAGCGAAUAAAUCGUGCUAUUCACGCGUAGACGGACGUGUGAAAAUUUAGAAUUUCAGAUGCAAAUACGGUUAAUUUGCUGUCUUAAGCUAGCUUGUAAUCUCAAUAUGUAUAUAUAUAGCUCAAAUUGAGUAUAGAGUGUUUACAACUUAACAGAUUGUCUGACCUCCUCGCUUACUUUCUUUCAAGCAAAAUCCUUUUUAUUCCUGUUUCUAUAAAUGUACAAAGCGACAAUGAUUUUGUCCUCCGUUGUUAGUAUUUCUGCCUCCGCUCACUAUGUCAUAAUCAUGUCAUUACUAGAGCAAACUCCUGUUUGUUUGACGCGGCGUGAAUAUCCGCCAAAUUU